AUGGGCAAGAUUAUGCGACCCGGAAAGGUGGUGCUGGUGCUGCGCGGCAAGUACGCAGGAAGGAAGGCCGUCAUCGUCAAGUCUUACGACGAAGGAUCAGCUGAACGGACCUACCCGCACGCCCUCGUCGCCGGCAUCAACAAGUAUCCACGAAAGGUGACCACCCGGAUGGGCAAGAAGCAACAAGAGAGCCGAAACAAGGUGAAGCCAUUCGUCAAGGUGCUGUCCUACACCCAUCUGCUGCCCACACGCUACACCCUCGAUGUCAACUUCGAGAAGGCUGCCGUCAACAAGGAGUCGCUGAAGGAGCCCGGAAAGAAGACUCGUGCUUGCAUCGAAGCGAAGGCCCGCUUCGAGGAGCGGUACAAGACCGGCAAGAACAAGUGGUUCUUCACCAAAUUACGUUUC